AUGGCCACCGAGUCUUCGUUUCCUGUGGCAAGCACAAAGAUCGAUCUACGGGGCCAGCAGUUUCAAGCAAACAAAGAGAGUUGGGCGCCUGUCAUUGAAAGGUUCGAAGAGGCUUUAAAGCAAGUUUCUGCUGAAGGAAACGAUGUUUCACUCCGAAGACACCAAAAUCGUGGUCAGCUGCUACCAAGGGAUCGCGUCGCACUUUUGCUAGACCAAGACUCACCGUUCCUUGAACUUGGAGCAUUCACCGGUUUUGAAAAUGACGAGUCUACCCCAUGUGGCAAUUUGAUUGCCGGGAUAGGAAAUGUUUGCGGACGCAUAUGCCUUCUUAUGUCUCAUAUUCCGACUCAAAGUGGAGGAGCUUGGAAUGAGAUGACCGUGUUAAAAGUCAACCGCAUGAUGGAGAUUGCAUUCGAGAACGAUCUUCCACUAGUCUCCUUAGUCCAAUCGGCCGGUGUAUUCUUGCCACAACAAUUUCGAGUAUUCCACAAAGGUGGUCAGCUGUUCCGCGAUCUUGCACUCCGAACCCGAUAUGGAAAGCCAUCAUGUGCUAUUGUUUUCGGAUCCUCAACGGCUGGAGGAGCAUACCAUCCAGCAUUGUCAGACUACACGAUCUUUGUCGAAAAUCAGGCACAGGCUUUCCUCGGAGGGCCCCCGCUCGUGAAGAUGGCUACUGGUGAGGUUAUUGGGGCAGAAGAGCUUGGCGGUGCUAAAGUCCACGCAAUGACCACUGGUCUCGCGGACCAAAUUGCAUCUGAUGAAUUUGAUGCAAUUCAUAAAGCACGAGAGUGGGUAGCUUCGCUUCAUGCACGUGUGCCCUCAGUCCCUGGAUUAAUUGAGCCACUGGCACCGAGAUAUCCCAUCGAGGAUGUGCUAUCAAUUGUGAAUCCGGACAUUCGGAAGCCCUUCGACAUGAACGAGGUUUUAUUGCGUAUCGUGGACGACUCCCGUCUUUCAGUCUUCAAACCCAAGUACGGCCCGAAUAUGAUUACGGCUUCGGCUCAUAUCAUGGGCUUCCCUGUUGGUAUCGUUGCAAAUCAGCUAUCUGUCAUCAAUCCAAACGAGGCGGCGAAAGCCACGCAGUUCAUUCGCAUGUGCAAUCAACAAAAUACCCCUAUCAUUUUCCUUCACAAUGUCACCGGCUUCAUGGUCGGUGCCAAAGCCGAACAUGCUGGAAUCAUCAAAAUGGGCGCACAGCUCGUUAGCGCUGUUAGCUGCUCGAACGUUCCCCACAUUUCUAUCAUUUUGGGUGCUUCAUAUGGAGCUGGCAAUUAUGCCAUGUGUGGCCGAGCCUACAGCCCCAGAUUUCUGUUCUCAUGGCCCACUGGCCGUUGCAGCGUGAUGGGCCCGGAUCAACUGGCUGGCGUCAUGGAGAACGUGCAAAUAGCCAGCGCCAAAUCUAAAGGGCAGACUCUGUCACCAACAAAAUUAAAGAAGCAGGUGUCUAGUUUCAGGGAAAGAGUUCAGAAAGAUGCAGAUUGCUAUUCUACUAGCUCGAUGUUGAUUGACGACGGAAUCAUCGAUCCAAGAGACACGCGUGAUGUGUUGGGAAUGUGCUUGGAGGUGGUAUCGCAGCCAGGGGUGAAUGGAACGGAGACACAUAAUUUGCUAGCAAGAAUCUGA